UUUUCGCCCUGGUGGGCCUCUGGGAGGCGGAAGUGGCCUCCGCGAGCGCAGGGACAUGGCGUCGGGCGGCGCCUGCAGCUCCAGCCCCUCCGCGGAGCGGUUGCCCCCGCCCUUUCCCGGGGCCGAAGGGGACGCGGACAGCGACACCGAGGGCGAGGACAUCUUCACCGGCGCCAGCAAGCCCCAGUCACCCAAGAGGGAAUCUCCUCUCCCAGUGAAUAGCAGCUUCAAAGAAAAUGGGGUUCGUGUGGAACAAGAUGAUCAGGACCUAUUUGCAGAUGCCACGGUGGAGCUGUCUCUGGACAGUACACAAAACAACCAGAAGAAGGAACCAGCCAGAGUGUCCAGCCCUGCCCCGCCUCUAGAAGUAGCAGCAAGUUCUUCCAAACACCAGCCAAAAAGCUAUGAGGAGCUGGAGGAAGAGGAACAGGAGGACAAGUUUGAGCUGACUGUGGGAGUGAGCGACCCAGAAAAAAUUGGGGAUGGCAUGAAUGCAUACGUAGCCUACAAAGUCUCAACACAGACCAGUUUGCCAAUGUUCAGGAGCAAGCAGUUCUCUGUGAAAAGGAGAUUCAGUGACUUCUUGGGUCUGUAUGAGAAGCUAUCAGAGAAGCACACUCAGAAUGGAUUUAUAGUCCCACCACCUCCAGAAAAAAGCUUAAUAGGAAUGACCAAAGUGAAAGUUGGGAAAGAAGACUCCUCCUCUGUGGAAUUCCUAGAGAAGAGACGGGCUGCUCUAGAAAGGUACCUUCAGAGAAUAGUCAACCAUCCAACCAUGCUGCAGGACCCUGAUGUAAGGGAGUUCUUGGAAAAAGAAGAGCUGCCCCGAGCAGUAGGCACCCAAACACUGAGUGGAGCAGGUAUACUAAAGAUGUUCAGCAAAGCCACUGAUGCUGUCAGCAAAAUGACCAUCAAGAUGAACGAAUCAGACAUCUGGUUUGAGGAGAAACUUCAGGAGGUGGAGUGUGAGGAGCAGCGCCUACGGAAGCUACAUGCCGCUGUAGAAACACUAGUCAACCACAGGAAAGAGUUAGUACUGAACACAGCACAGUUUGCAAAGAGUUUGGCCAUGCUAGGGAGUUCAGAAGACAACACAGCCCUCUCCCGGGCACUCUCCCAGCUGGCUGAGGUGGAAGAGAAGAUAGAACAGCUGCACCAGGAACAGGCCAACAAUGACUUCUUCCUCCUGGCUGAGCUCCUGAGUGACUAUGUUCGCCUUCUCUCGGUUGUAAGGGGUGCUUUUGACCAGCGCAUGAAGACCUGGCAGCGUUGGCAGGAUGCCCAGACCAUGUUGCAGAAGAAGCGGGAGACUGAGGCCAGGCUGCUGUGGGCCAACAAACCUGACAAGCUACAGCAGGCCAAAGAGGAGAUCUCUGAGUGGGAGUCUCGUGUGACGCAGUACGAAAGGGAUUUCGAGCGGAUUUCUGCCGUGGUCCGCAAGGAAGUGAUACGGUUUGAGAAAGAGAAAUCAAAGGACUUCAGAAACCAUGUGACUAAAUACCUUGAGACACUCUUAAACUCGCAGCAGCAGCUGGUGAAGUACUGGGAGGCGUUCUUACCUGAAGCGAAGGCCAUCUCAUAACCAGACCAAGCAAACCAGAACACACCUGAACUUACUCUGCCUUUUUAUACACUAUACCUCUUCGCCUUUUACCGACAGACCCUAACUGAAUGCAUCCUGCAGAGCCGUUAGAGAUUUAACCCCCAAAUGAGCAGCGGCCCAGACAGUAACUCUUCUAAUUGUAUUUUUGAUUUAGCUUCAUAUAUAUAUUUUCUUAAUGGAGAGACUAGUUUCCUGCUUUCAGCCAAGACCUAAAGUACAUGGUGUGCGUGGGGAGGGGGUUAAUGAUAUCAUGUGUAUAUAAAUAAAAUGUAUAUUUUUCAGGCUGGGCUCUAGGGCCUGGGAAUAAUGGCUUUCUGUUACUCCUGCAGUGCCAUGAAGAUUAUGUAAUAAAAUAUUUAAAAAUCA